AUGGCAGCAGUCAACCUGAAUGAGGAUGCGAGGGGCAUCCCUCCCCUGAGGACCAUCAACUGGGUCUUCUCUAACAAUGAAGAUGCCAUAGAGUAUCUAGUCGAUGAGGGAUGCCUCAACAUUCCUGACGUUUGCGGUCAGUGCAAUGGUCCUGUCACCUAUCGUCCUAACCGUAAGAACCUCAUUUUUUGCAAUAGUCGUCAGUGCAGAGCCGCACAUGGAAAACGGUGGACGCAAUCCAUCAUGGCCGGCACCUUCUUCAACACGUGUAGGGUGCCAAUCAAGGACGUCAUGUACUUCCUUUAUCUGUUCAUCUGUGGGACCACUUACACGGCGAUUCGUAGCAUGUUUCAGUGGUCGCCCAACACUGUCACCGACUGGUUCCGAUUCGCACAGCAGUUAAUCGGUGAGAUGGUCUUGGAGACGAUGGAGAACUAUCAAAUUGGUGGGCCUGGUGUGGAGGUGGAGAUAGACGAGUCCAAAUUCGGUAAGAGGAAGUAUCAUCGUGGUCACAGAGUAGAAGGCGUCUGGGUUUUUGGUGGAGUUGAAAGAACCCCGGAACGCAAGUGCUUCCUCGUGGCUGUACCAGAUAGAAAGAAACCUACUUUAGAGGCCCUUGUUAAAGACUUCAUUCUACCGGGGUCUAUCAUUGUAAGUGACAAGUUCCCCUCCUAUGAGGACCUCGAAGGAAAGGAGGACUUCUGGUACCAGCAUGAAGUCGUGAAUCACUCCGAAAAUUACAAGGACCCCAUCGCUGGUGCUUGCACCAACACGAUCGAGGGCACCUGGAAUGGUGUGAAGAAGCUUGUGCCAGCUCAUCUCUAUAUUUUGAAGUCGUUUGCCUUGCCGGUGCGCCUCACCCCAACUAUAGAAAAUCCGAAAAUCCGGCCAAAGGUCUUAGUUUCGACCAGAGGAUCCGGCAACUUUGGCGAAUCGGGAGCUGCCGCUUUCUACACGAUCGAUCACGCCACCAUGCCGUCGGCUCUGCAAGAAAUGUCCUCGAAACCCAGUGACAAACUGGAGCGCAUAGAUAUCGAUUUGGGUCCUAACCGAUUAGCCUUUUACAUAGACAACCUCCUGACCCACGAUGAAGCCGAUGCUUUUGCGGCCUGUGCUGAAGCUGUCCUGGAAGAGAAUGGCCACUCCAGGAUGGCUCCAGGAAUUAAUACUCCACCCGGUAUGAGAGUCAAUGAAGCGGCUCAUUGGUAUCCAACACACGCGACAGCCCCCAAGGUGCUUGGUCCAAUCUUGGACCGUAUGCGCCAUCUUGUCCCUGAGCAACUUUCAGGAGGUUUGACAAGGCAUCCAAGACUUUCCGAGAAAGUUGCCCAGUUCAAGUAUUUGCCCGGAGACAGGUUCAACAUGCAUGUGGAUGGUCUCUUUCCAGGCCAGGGUGCCAACAAGGAAGGUACUGGAGUGGAAGAAUGGGACGGUGUUGUUUCUGGAAUGUCCAUGCUUUUCUUUCUCAAUGACGGCCCCAAUGACGGUUUGGUGGGUGGCGAAACUAGACUCUGGUCUGCAGAUAGGCAGAAGUUCUUCGAUGUCAUUCCAAACAAAGGCCGUGCGCUUUUCUUCCGUAGGGGCAGUCACGAUGCAGUGCUGCAUGCCGGUCUUGAGGUGAAAGGUGACCAAGAUGCGGUUCCGAAGUACAUGGCCCUUAUCAACUUGGCGUAUGACGAACAAGGCAUUCACUAG